UCGAGUCCAGACGUCGCUGGAGCAGAGAUGGAGGAUGCAGUUGGAGUUUCGGGAAGAGGGGGAUUAGAGUUGUUCAAGGAUAUAUAGUUUAAAAAGAAAAGGUUUUAAGGAUGCACCGCGCCUUCUCAUUUGCCAUGGCCCCGGAAAGGAGCCGGUAUAAGGGGAGACUGGAGGAAACGCUUGCGGGUUUGUGUGAGCUGGAGAUGCUUAAACAGCGGCAGGAGAGCCUCGUGCUUAGCGCGCUCGCUCUCGCAGACUCGGGACCGGGUUGUGCACGCGCGGCGUGGCCCCUGAUCCGACGCUGCUUCCCAAGUUCUGCAAACCUGGAGCAUGGAGAUCCAGGAUCAGCAGAACAGCAGGGUUUGAUGGCAGUUCUUCAGCAGCAGGUUGGAGAACUAAGAGUGGAUUCAGAGACCAGCUCCGUGGAGCACCCAAUAGAAACAGGAGAUAGACCAAGUUCAGAUCUCUGUGAGCAGAGAGAGCCUUCUCUGGACUUAGGUGACCUCUCUUCCAGGACCUCUUUCGCAAUCCAUACACCUAGUUCUAGUGAGAGGUUAAAAUCUGCUGGAGAUACUUUUGUGACUGGUCGUGAUGGACUACAGGACUGUGUGGGAUCUGCAGGACGAUCUCCGGUUCCACACUUGCUCUCAGUCAACCAGCUGCCGCUCAUGGGUUUGUCAAAGAGAGGUGUCGAGGGGGAGCGAUGGCUAUGGCCAGAUGCUAAUGGAGCAGGAGAUGAAGAUGAGCCCUCUGCUGAGGACUACCAUCAGGCUCAGCAUGUGGAGACCUACAUCCUGGGUCUGAUCCAGCGGCGUCAUGUGGCCACAAGGCAGUGCAAACCCCGUACUAACAUGAGCCCUGAAGCCAGAGGCGUGAUGAGGCAAAGUAGUCUUUGCCGCAAGGAACAUGUUUUCAUUUCUGAUCAUUCCAAGGUCUCCCAAAGCCCAGAGAAACAAGCGUGGGCCUCCUACAGCCUUGAAGAUGAGCAGCUUGGGGGCUUUUCCUCUGGAGAGCAUCUCCCUUCUCACUAUUCAAGGCUUGAGGAGCAAAUCCCUGCUCAUUUCACAAGACCUGAGGAGCACCACCCUACACAUUAUACCAGACCUGAGGAGAAGCUGUCAACACAAUUUCCCAGGCCUCCAAUAUCAGAAAUUCACUCCACACCUUUAGAUUUCCCCACUGGAGAUUUGGACCCCAGCAGCAGUGAAGCAGAUUCGCCUCAACACUACCAACUCCCACAUUCACCCUCUUCGGAAGAGCAUUUAGUCAAUGCACAGUACAUCCCAGCAAAGCCAUGCCAGGCACCAAUGAGAGCUAAAACAUCUCGUGCCCAUGCAGCCCCCAAAGCGGGCCGUGGGAACGGCACAUACUCCCCUGAAAGACCACAGCCUAAGUCACGGGCCGUACCCAAGAAGUGCCGUUUUAGUGAGGAAAGGGCACCUGCAAAGAAACCUGGAAGAAAAGCCUGUCGCUCGCAGUCAGAGAACAGCCUGCUGGGCCAGAAGGGUGUCCCAGAGCGAAAGUACAGCACAGUGGAGCGUGACACAGGGCGUGCUAACCAGUCCAAAUCCAGACACCAGCAAAUUGGCCUUGGCCACCGCCGUUGGCGCUCUACACUAGAGCUGAGCCAGGAUGAAGCAGAGCCUACACCGGAACGAGAGGUCAGACGCACCCGUAGAUCUAGGCCUGCUGCACCAACCUAUGUCUACAACCAGACUUCUCAGCACCUUCAUCAACAUCAUUCACACCACUUCCCUCAUUCACACCUUCACUCAGACUACCCACUGCACAGCCCAGCAUGCCGUCCAGAGCGGGCUAAGCACCCGGGCCCUGGAGAGUGGGAGUCCAGUCUGAGUGAAGGUGAGUCCCCUGGCUCCAGUUCUAUGUCUAGUGACUCUGAUGAGAGUGGAGGACUGGUGUGGCCUCAGCAACUUGCACCACCUUUGGCUCCUCCCUCUCCCCCGACUCCUUCUGGGGCACCACUGCAGUCCAAAGCCUUGGUCAAGAUCAAAGCUUCACAUGCCCUCAAGAAGAAGAUCCUUCGUUUUAGAACUGGUUCCCUCAAAGUCAUGACCACCGUUUGAGCUACUGGGUUAUGGAGAUCUUUUCUCUUCACUGUUAUAGGCUGUCCUGCGACACGGAAGGAAGGUGUAAGUUCAAGCUACCUGCCUCAGAUUGUGGUGAAUCUGAGCCUAAAACCAUCAUGUACAUAUCUGUCUAUGUGAUAAAUUGUUGAUUGUAUUUAUGAUUCUACUCUGUAAAUAAAAAUCUUGAGUCAUGUCUUUAA